UUUUGAAGGGAGGACCUGGAGCAUCAUCAACUGGAUAUGGAAAUUUUAUGGAAAUUGGUCCACUUAAAGUAGAUUUAACUCCAAGAAAUACAACUUGGACAAAAAAAGCCAAUUUGCUCUUCAUAGACAAUCCUGUUGGAACAGGAUUCAGCUAUGUUACAAAUAAGAGCGCACUGUGUACAAAUAACACUCAGAUUGCCCAGGAUUUGUUAACUUUAAUGGCUGCAUUCUUUCGAAAAGUACCAGAAUUUCAGAAUGUACCAUUAUAUAUAUUUGCAGAAUCUUAUGGAGGAAAAAUGGCUGUUUCAUUUGGUAAAGCAUUGUACAAGAGUAUACAAUCUGGAAAAAUGAAAUGCAAAUUUAAAGGAGUUGCUUUGGGAGACAGUUUUAUUUCUCCAUUGGACACAGUAGCUACUUGGGGUCAAUAUCUUUAUGCAACUUCUCUUGUUGAUGAAAAUGGUUUAAAAUCAAUCAGUGAGGCAGCAAAAAAUGUUAAAGCAGCAAUUGAUAACCAGUCUUUCAGUGAUGCAACAAAUCUAUGGGCUGAAGCACAGGAUCUAAUAAACUCACUUACUAAUUCUGUAAAUUGGUAUAAUAUUUUGGCCAAUGAAGGACCUAAUACUUCCUCUGCUGUUAGUCUACCUAAAAAUCAUUCUCUUUAUUCAAUGUUUCAGCGCCAUGUUGGUUAUUUAUCAGACGAUGAACUAUAUAAACUAAUGAAUGAUGUAAUAAAGAAGUCAUUGCAUAUUAUUCCCAAGAAUGUAACCUGGGGAGGGCAGGCAGCGGAUGUAUUCACUGCUUUAACAGGGGACUUUAUGAGAUCAGUCACAGAAGAUGUGGAUUAUCUUCUGAAUAGAACUGAUCUCUCAGUGAAUGUUUAUAAUGCACAAUUAGAUUUAAUUGUUGACACUCUUGGAACACUUCAGUGGAUCCAUAAGCUGAAAUGGCCAGGAAUUUCAAGCUUUAAGCAGGCAGCUCGAAAAGCUUUUGUAUUUUCACCCAAUCGGACAGCUUUUUUUGUCAAGUCUUUCAAAAAUUUUCAUUUGUUUUGGAUAAUGAAAUCUGGACAUAUGGUUCCUAAAGAUGCUGGCUUAACAGCUUUAAAAAUGUUAGAUAUGAUUUUACAAUGAUUGUUUAUAUAAAAUUACAUCAUACUAAUGAUUCAAAAUAUAUAAAUAGCUAAAUAAACUGUAAAAUCAUAAAUAGUAAUAAAAUUGAACUUCUCUUUGGGAGUCAUAAUAUUAAUGUA